AUGGGACAUAUAAACCAUCCAUCAUGUAAUGAAUCUAGAUACCGGCUCCAACACGAUCCCCGUGAUAAGUACAAAAUGAUUCCUCGGCGGAAACACAACGCGUCUUCAGGGUCCCUUCCACCUCCCGAUGAUAAGCACGCCAGCAAUGACUAUAUACUGUCUGACAGUGGAAGCAAUGAAGGAUGGCGAGCUAUCAUCAAACGACGGCUCAACCGCAAAACGCUGCACAAGAGGAUACCUAUCACCGCCUGGUUACCAAAAUAUAACACGGAAAAGGCGAUCGGUGAUCUUAUAGCCGGAAUAACCGUUGGUUUAACAGUCAUCCCACAAUCUCUAGCUUACUCCAAUAUAGCCGGUUUGCCACCACAAUACGGCUUAUAUGGUUCGUUUCUCGGGUGUUUCAUCUAUAUCUUCUUGGGGGGAUGUCGGGCUGUUCCAGCAGGACCCACCGCUAUUGCAUCGUUACUGACCUGGCAAGUCGCUGGCGGUGUUAUUGAAAAGGCGAUCCUUUUGAAUUUCCUGACUGGGCUCAUAGAAUUGCUAAUGGGUGUUCUUGGUUUGGGAUUCCUUAUUAAUUUCGUGUCUGGGCCUGUUUCUUCUGGAUUCACAUCUGCUGUUGCACUUAUGAUAGCUACAUCACAAGUGAAGGACCUCUUUGCAAUUACCGUGAAUGGAACGACCUUCUUGCAACAGUGGAUUUCGGUCUUCAAGAACAUACAUAACGCGUCUUUAUGGGAUCCUAUUCUGGGUUUCAUCUGCAUUGCUUUACUACUUUCUAUGCGAAAAAUCGGAAUGCUUAAACUUGGAGAGAAAUGCCCUGAUGGGCCAAGUACUAGACAGAAGGUGUUAACAAAAUGCAUGUGGCUUCUAGGAACUUGCCGAAACGCUAUCGUAGUGAUUCUUACUGGGGUACUUGGAUAUUGGUUCGUUAACACUAAAGGUUCCUCUCCCGUUCGACUAAUGGGUGCAAUCCCAUCUGGAGUCCCAGUACCAACAGUGCCACCAUUCAGCUAUGUAAGAUCAGACAAUACCACUGCAGACUUUGUGGACAUGGUCUCAGAACUUGGAUCUGGUCUUCUCGUUAUACCGCUGAUUGUGUUGCUCGAAGAUAUAGCUAUUUGCAAGGCGUUCUCUGGAGGAAAAACUAUAGAUGCUACUCAAGAAAUGAUCGCAUUGGGUCUGGUGAAUUUGGGCAAUUCCUUUAUGCAAGCGUACCCUGGAGGUGGCUCAUUGGCGCGGUCUGUGGUUUCGAAUGGAUCUGGAGUGAAGACGACUUUCAACGGCCUUUAUACUGGCCUGAUGGUGAUCUUAGCUCUUCAGUUCUUCACACAAUACUUUGAAUUCAUUCCGAAAGCUGCUCUCGCUGCCGUCAUCAUCUCGGCCAUAUUGUUUAUGGUGGAAUACGACGUUGUUAAACCAAUGUGGAGAGCUAAAAAACUAGAUCUGAUUCCUGGCCUAACAACCUUCGUGUUGUGUCUCGCACUGCCGAUAGAAAUGGGCAUUCUAACAGGCGUCGUUGUGAAUAUUGUAUUCAUCCUGUACCACGCUGCAAGACCUAAGUUCUCCGUGGAAAUGUUAAAAACUGACCAUGGUGUAGAAUAUCUGAUGAUAACACCAGACCGGUGUCUCAUGUUCCCUUCAGUAGACUACGUGAGACGAUUAGUCACUAAAUGCGCCACAAGCAACUCUGUACCUGUUGUGAUCGAAUGCACGCACAUCUACAGCGCAGACUAUACAGCAGCGAAGAGUAUCGAACAGCUCACAGCAGAUUUCCAUGCGAGGCAACAACCGCUUUACUUCUACAAUGUCAAACCUUCAGUUUGCUCCAUCUUCGAAGCUGUCGCCAAGCCAGAGCACUUCGUCGUCUUCUAUGAAGAUGACGAACUUGACAGGCUCUUGGCGGCCGACGAGAGACUCGCCCCCCACAAACCACCACCACCCCCACUAAACGCCUAA